GCCAAUCCUUAUGGGAUGCCAAACCCGCAGGCACCCUUCCCUGUCAAUGACCCCCUGAUGGCCAUGGGUAGCAGCAUGCUGCGGCAGUCGGGUGCAACCUACCUGGAGAGUGGGAAGAAGUACAUGCAGUCAUGGACAGGCGUGCUCUCCGGGGGUCUCCUCCACUAUCACUUUGACAUCAACUCAGAGUACGUGCGGAACAAGCUGAUGAUGCUGCUGGCGCCUUUCCUGAGGCGAUGGAACUACACACGAGUGCUGGAGCAGAUCACUGGCGGCCACAAAUAUCUCCCUCCUCGCCAGGAUGUCAAUGCGCCUGACCUGUACAUUCCCUUCAUGGCACUCUGCACCUGCUGCCUCCUGGCCAGCAUCAGCAAGGUGGUCACAGGGCGAUUCUCCCCGGACACCAUGUAUGCCACGGUCAGCAAGGGCUUUGGAGCCUGGGCAGUGCAUUGGAUGGUUCUCAAAGCCCUGAUGUACGUGCUGGGGGCAUCUGCUGCGAUUCCCUUCCUGGAGCUGGCAUCGUAUGCGGGCUACCCAUUCGUGCCAGCCUGUAUUGCCAUGCUGGCACGCAUGACUCUAGGGACGUGGGGAUUCAGGGCAGUGUGGGCGUACGGCGCAGCCAUGAUAGGGAUUGUGCUGGUUCGCACGCUGAAGCGCAUCAUCUUCUAUGAAGCGCGACAGUACAGCAUCGACUCGACCACGCACAACUACCUGCUGCUCGCGCUCUGGAUCUUUGAGUUCCCAUUCACCUGGUGGCUUGCACUUUUGCCAUGAAUUGUGCAGAACAGAACAGCGCUGUACGGCUAGCCAACCAUGCGGGUCUCGCACUGUGAAUGCUGGUACAAACGGAACUUCCUUGAAGGUCACAAACGGUUGGAAGAGAGGGAGCUCUUGCUUUCUUUACUUGUACAGAGUUUGCGUGUAGGCAUUCAGGAGAGUCAAGAGAGGAAUGGCAUGUUCGACUUGGGGACAGGAAAACGUCCAGUUCAAAAACAAAACAUUACUAGCCACGUGCACGGUUUCUGUACACACUGUCAAGAUGAUGCACGGUACCAUACAUGUGACUUCUGCUCCUAUAAAUCUUACUUUCCUGAGGAACAAACACAUGGCUACGCAGCAGCCUCACUGAAUGCCUGCUUCAAGCAGAUCUAAAUUGCUUCUCAGGGGGAGCACCAUGAAUUCCAAUGGCAUGCCACUCGUGAAGUGGCUACAAGGGCCUGAUUCAGAAUGAAAAAACCCCAAGAAUAUUGAGGCAGCUCUCAGUAACUGUAAUAACAAGUAGUUCUCAAUGUUCAAAAAUGAAAUUAUAUAUUGAGAGCUGCACAACGGAUGCCUCGACAUGCGGAGGCACUUAUCCCAGUCCUACUGUACACUGCCGUAUCCUAAGAGACUCCCUAAGAGUCUCAAUGGCUCAUCCUUGAAAGUCAAUGGUGGACUCCAUUCUGGAUCUGGCUGUCAAAU